AUGAUGAGCGUAGAUAUUGUUUAUGACAAGAUCCACUUCCGACAUGACCCGAAAUGGAGCGGUCGACUGGGACCUGCCGAGGGCGGCGGGCUGCUGGUCUGUGUGGCCUGUAUCAUUGAAAUGAUUGAGAGUGAAGAUAUUGCGUCAGUGAGGAAGUUUGUUGCCUUGUCUGGUAUCAGUGGGGUGCUGAAGUGUUCUCCAGGCGCCUUGGGAGAGCUGCUCCAACAGGACAACAGAGUCUCUAUGCGUUUUACAGCUUCACUACUGGGGAUGCUUCACACCGUGGAGGAUCCAGCCACUCUGGAAAAGGUUCAUCAAGUGCUGGUUCAGCUGCUUUCAGAGCUGCAGAGUGAGGUGUUGUAUCGCUUUGUUUUGGAUGAGGUGCACAAACAGCUUGGUGACCAGCUCAGUGUGAAAGCUUCCCUGCCCACAUUUAACUUCUUGGGGACCCUGAUGGAAGCAGUCCCCAACGUGGCCCAAAGCCUGGUGACUGAGUAUGUGCCCUUGCUGGAGCAUCUGUGCUCUGCCAUGCUUUACCCAGAUGAAGCGCUGAAGGCUUCGGUGCUUUUUGUGUGGCUCAAACUGUUCGGGACAGCCGGGGGCUCGGCGGCCCAGUCUUUGCCCAUUGCCAUCAGGGACAGAGUGUGUAUCCUGUUGCUGCAGACCUUAACCAAUGCAUGCUCCCCACAGCUCAUCAACAACUGCACUGGCCUGCUGUGGCUGCUGGUGCAGCUGGGAGAGACAGUGUCAGUUCUGAUGAACAGUCAGAUCAUGUGCAGUGAGACCCAGGACAGCCGCACCAACAACAGCCAGGUCGUCUGCCAGAACCAAGAGCAACAGCCCCAUGACCACUGCCAUUUGCCUCUCAUACUGAAACAGCUGCUGCUGAGUGGCGAUGAGACGCUGCAGGUGACCAGCGCUAAGUGUAUUGCAUGUGUCCUGGUUCAUUCUCCCAGUCAGUACAGCGCUCCCUUCAUCAAGGCUGACGUACCUGAGUUUAUGUUCGACUGCCUGGCCAGUGCUAAUAAUGAGGUGCUGCUGUGGUCUGCCUAUAGCUGCUUGGUGUUACUGACCCAAGACCCACUGUUCUUCUCCCAGUGUCACUCUGUCUAUGGUAUUGAGUCCCUGGUGCGCAGUCUAAAAGAGGCUCUGCGGCUGUCCAACCUGGAAGUGCAGAAACAAGGUCUGCUGCUUCUCACUGAGAUACUGGAAAGGCAGCCCCCAAGUGUGCGCCUCUUCCCCACUGGUCCAGGGUUUGCGGCGGUUUCGGAGGCUGUGGUAGCGGGAGUCUCCUCCUCCUGCCUGCUGGUCGCCACGCAGGGUGCGAGCGCUGCCUCCGCCCUCUUCAGACUGAACCACCAGUCCAGACCGGUCCAGUACAAGGAGGUGGAAGGACUCGUGGAGGCCGUCACCAACAGAUUCUCUGAGCUGCCCCUCUCCUCCCCUGCUCAUCGGCGAAGCUCUGGGAGUUUGAAGAGGUCAGGCCCCAGCAGCCAGACUUCCAGGUCUGAAGCCUUUCUGCUCCAGGCCCUGGUUUGUUUUCAGGCUGCCUGCAGGUUGGCCGAGGAGUGUGCAUCAGAGCCCGUUCUGAAGGAGAACACGUUCACGGCUCCGUCUAAACACGGCCACGCUCAGGACUCGCUGGAGACCCUGUGUCACUGUCUGCUUCACUGCUGCGACUCCAUCUGGAUACCCACCGUCAUUAGGAUGUGUGAGCAUGCACCCAGCUCUCAGAUACUGCAGCACUUCUACUCCAUCUUAUCCUCCCAGUUCACCCUCCUCCCGUCUCUCAUGCCUGCCUUCGCAAAUAAGCUGGCGUCCUCUGGUUUCUACAGGCUGGCUCUGGAACACAAAGGCCUCCUCUGUGCGGGAAACAGGAACCAGAGUCUGAAUCUGUCUUGCUGUGGUUUUCUGCAGAAGCUCAGUAUGUGUCUGCUCUCCCAGCCAAACGCUGCUUCAGGCUCCUACCAGUAUGAUGCCGAGGAGGUGGAGAGUCUUCUGCUCUACAACCUUCCCUCCCUGUGUUGCCGUCUGUCGGACUGGCCCUCUCUGCUGCGCGAGGCUCCGGGACUCCAGCUGUGUGAAUACAAAGGACCAAGAGCCACUCAGUACUGUCUGGUGAUGAUGCUGCACCUCGCCCUGCAGCAGGGAGACAGGCUCCUCCCAGACCAGACUGUGUUCUCCAGUGUUCUGUGGCUGUUGCGUUCGGUGCAGGAGCAGGGCAGCGGCGCCGUGCCUCAUUCUGUGCUCCGCUCUGCCCUCUACCUGCUGGCAGUGACACAGGACAAGAGCCCCAGCCUCGACGGGGCUCCUUUGAACUGCGUCGGCAAGGCACUCUCCUCUUGCCAAAGCUUCUCCUCCCUCUACAUCCACCAUCCUGCACUCCUCCAUUUCGUCUGGCGCUAUCCGGAGCUAGCCGAGAAAUUUGGGCCUUUGGUCCUGGAGCUUUGGCUGACCAAGCAAGCACAGCACACAGCAGACGUGCAGGGGAAGGGAGGGAAGACAGGAAGCCGUGCAGAUGAGAGGCAGGAUCAGGAGCCAGACGCAGAAACCACGGAGCUUCUGACUGUGAUAGAGAAGUAUCCGGCUGUUACUCUGACCCUCCUGGAGAUGCUUUGCACCAGGGAGGCCCCCCUGGCAGAGCGAGCGCUGCGGGUGCUGGAAGUGCUUUUGAGGGGUCGAAGACACUGUGAGAAGGAUUUGUGUGCCAACCUCAGACCGGCACUCCUCCAGGCACUACAGAGGCUGAGUGUGGAGAACAUGGGGCUUGGACAGGGACGCACUGAACAGGUGAACUCGCUCCCUCUGCUGCUGAAGCUGCUCGGUGUGACUCAGGCCAGCGACCCGCCUUCAUCCUCCUCCUACAGUAAGAUGGAUGGAGUGCACUUCAAGCUUCUGUACCACGUAAGUAAUAUAGCAGGGAGGUUGAAGCCUACGAACACGGAGAGCCUGCUGCCUGCCCUCAGCUAUCUGCACUGCUGCCUGAGUCUGUCGCCUGCACACUGCACUGACAGAGCUGUCUCCAUGCUGCUCUCCAACGAUGGACUGAUGGACCAGCUGCAGACUGUCCUCGCCUCCUCCUCCUCCUCCUCAUCCUCUGCUCCAUCCCUCUCUCCAUCAGCCUGUCCUCCUCCUUCAGCCCUGCUGUGCUGCAGCCAUCUCCUCAUGUCCUCCCUCAUUACCUUGCAGCGUUUUCACUCCGCUCAGGUCCAUAAGAGCGUCAGUUGGAGUCUGGACGCAGCUGUGCAGCGACUCCUCCUUCAGAAAAGAAACACAGACAAUCUCUUGCUGGUCAGCUACCUGAGGCUGCUGCAGGCUCUACUCGACGUCGACUUGACAUCAGCGGUGGUAUGUGUGAGCACCGGUCCUGGUUUGGUCGGGCCCAGACCCCUGGGAGUCCAAGAUGGAGCUUUGUACCCGCUUGGCUCCAGAGGGGCCCGAUGCCUCUCAGCCGCUCUCAGUGGACUUCUUUUACAGAAGCACGAGCUGCUGCUGAGAGCCUCAGUCAACUGCCUAAGCUCCCUCCUGGGCUUCCUUCAGAGGAAGAGUCCUAUUACAGGUACCAGACAGAGGCGGGUAGGGAGUGAUCAGCCAUGGAGUCGAUUCCUCCUCUACAGCUUGCUCAGCUCGGGAGAGAGCUGCCUCCUCCACCCUGCCAUUCUCAGACUCAUCACACUUCUCCUGCAGCACAGCAGCACAGCAGCUCUGUGGGAGCCUGACCUGCUCCAGGUGAUGGAGGCGGUGGAGAGGAAGGGGGUGAAGGAGCUUAGCCAGGAAGCAGCACAGGCCCUCAGGCUGCUCCUCACACAGAUCCAGAGCAGCGUCCUGCAGCCGCCGCCCACAGAGCAGCGCGAGCAGAGAGUGAGGGAUAUGAUGGAGGCCCUCGGCCCACAGACACCAGCCGUGAGCUGCAGCCCCAGUCUGCCCAGCAACAUCCUGCAUGUUGGAGACGUGUCCAUCUGUCUGUCCGACUUUACGCUGAGAGCAGGCUGAUGUCUCCCCGUUAACUGAUUCAUGCGGUUUAGAAAUUAUUACUCUGUUAGUUCCACGGUUCUUUUCAUUGUUCAUUAAUUGUUAAUUGCUAAUUGCUCUUCUCGUAAAAGCAGCACAUGCUCCUGUCUAGAUUGUAGUGUCACAGUGAAAGAGUUUACAGCUUGUACUUGUUCUUUGAGAGUUAAGCUUAAUUAAUAACAUUUGUGCCUUUGAUACAGGACAACUUAAUUGCUCAUGAUAUGAUACCGUUACGUGCGCUGGGUGUCUCUGCUGUUUCCUGGAGCACCUAACGGACUCAUACGUCCUCAUUUGGAGAUUUUUGUGCUCAUAAAAAUUUGACUUCUUUUUGAAUUUUACA